CAAAGAACUGCAAGGCCUCCUCCUACAACUGAGAUCCUUCAAAAUAACCUGGAUCCACUUUAUGAGCAACUUUUGGACUGCUUUUCUCUCUGUACUUAUAAGCUCUGACGGAAAUUAGGGCCUUUCAGUUGUUUUUCUACAUGUAAGGCUUUAAAGAACAAGCGCUUUGGGAACUUCUCCAGAAGAUAUCCAGCAACCACCUGUGAGUGUAAGAAGACCACCCGCUCACCAUGUCCCGUGACCCGGACCCAUACAUCUUCACCACUGACGCGCUGCCCCCUGACGCCCGCUUCCUGCCCCCACUAGCGAAUGGACUCCUGGGCUGGAGGGUUUACAAUAAUAUCAUGCACAUGGGAAACGUCUAUAAUGGGGAGGGUGGACAUUGCCACAGGGCCGAUGUCCCCUGUCCCCUAGCUGUGAGAGUAGAGACAGAAGAACCUGCUCGACACACCUACAGCCUGGACACCAACACAGGCAUUUUCACCCACACUCUGAGCUUGGCCACUGUCACCGCGUCACAGUCUUUGUAUUGUCACCGAUUCUACCCAAACCUCUUGGUGAUGGAGCUUCUGCUGGUACGUCAGGUGACCUCGGAGGAGCCAGUCACAGUUAAUUUGGUCAGUUCAUUCACCCCAGAGAGCAAAGACAUCGUUUUUGAGGCUGGCCCCGAUUACAAAGGAGGAAGCCACAUUCAAGGAAAAACAUCCACGGCCGAGUUCCCUGGAGGCUCCUGUCCUGAGGUGCACCUCAUCUGGACCCCGGUACCCUCCACUCUGACGCUGUCACCGGACCAGGCCCAGGCUCGCUGGGGCUUCUUCCUGGUUGUGGCCAAUAAUUUGGCCUCUGUUGAGGCGGGCUUCGAUGAGGGCCUGAACCUGAUCUCAACCGGGGACCUUCGGCCCUCACACGAAAAGGCCUGGAAAGAGCUGUGGCUGCAGAGCAAGGUGGAAGUAACAGGAUCAGACAGCCUCUGCAGAGCCCUGAUUGGAUGUAUGUUCUACCUCCUCAGUGCCUUUCCCUCCAUACAUGACACCUCCAGCUCUUUUGGUGGAGUCAGUCCCGGCGGGCUCUCUAAUGGUGGGGAUGGUCAGGAUUACUGGGGCCACGUUUUCUGGGACCAGGACAUCUGGAUGUAUCCAGGGAUAGCACUUUUCUACCCCAAGCUAGCCCGAGCAGUGCUGGAGUACAGAGUGAGAACUAUAGGUGGUGCUAAAGAAAAUGCUCAAAAGCAGGGCUACAAGGGGCUAAAAUUCCCCUGGGAAAGUGCUGUGUCUGGGAGAGAGGUGUGUCCUGAGGACAUCUAUGGACAACAAGAGAUUCACAUUAAUGGAGACGUCACGCUGGCCUUCCAGCACUAUCUUUACCUGACUGAGGAUCUGUCCAUGUUCAGAGAGGGUCAGGGCAGCGAGGUCAUCUACGGGGUGGCUGAUUAUUGGGUUUCCAGGGUAACAUUGCACCCUGAGGACCAGAAGUAUCACCUGCUAGGUGUCAUGCCACCUGAUGAAUAUUACUACAAUGUCAACAACUCUGUGUACACAAACACAGUGGCAAAACUCAGUCUCCAGUUUGCUGUUGAGUUGGCUGAUCUCCUACAACAUCCUGCACCAAAGGAAUGGCAGGAGGUGGCUGGACGUCUCAAGAUACCCUUUGACCAAGAGUUCCAGUACCAUCCUGAGUUUGACGGUUACAGUAAAGGACAACCAGUGAAGCAGGCAGACACAGUGAUGCUGGGCUAUCCUCUUGGACUGACGAUGUCUCCUGAGGUUAGGAGGAAUGAUCUGGAAGCAUAUGAGCCCGUUACAGACCCCAAUGGGCCAGCCAUGACAUGGGGUAUGUUUGCUAUUGGCUGGCUGGAACUGGGAGAGUCUGAGAGAGCUCAGCGAUUGCUUGAAAAAUGCUUCAAGAACAUCCAGGGGCCCUUCCAGGUAUGGACUGAAUCAUCCGAUGGCUCCGGUGCAGUAAAUUUUCUCACAGGGAUGGGAGGAUUUCUGCAGGCCGUGCUAUUUGGUUACACAGGGUUCAGAGUUGAAAAGGAAUGCUUGGCCUUUUCCCCACUACUUCCUCCUGAUAUCUCCGAGCUUUGUGUUCGUGGAGUGAACUACUUGGGCCGUCGGUUGGACUGGCUGCUCAGGAAAGAUGAAGUCUGUAUCAUACUCAAGCAGCAGGAAGACAGGGCUGGCACUACACCCCACAAUCUGCAAGUUGUCCUGAAGGCAUCAGGAAUUAAAAUCCCCCUUCCACCAGGUCAGCCGGCUGCCAAGAUGAACUCUGUACUUUCAUCUGUACGCUCCCUCAUGCAAAUGUUUGAUGGCAAGGCACAGGACUUCAUCAAUGAGAUUGAUAUUGUCCACAUGGUUUGGCUGGAGGAGAUCCAGCAGGAGGCCAAUCGUAUGUUCUCAAGGGACUUUAAUGCAGAACCAGAAUUGAUGCCAAAAACACCGUCGCAGAAGAAGAACAGCCGGAGGAAACGUGUAUCUUUGGGGCGCCAAGAAGAAAGUCAAGCAAGACGAAGUAACCUUCGUGGCUCCUCUGUUAAAUCCCUCAAUUUGAUUGCUGAAGAAGAAUCCAUCCCUGAGGUUUCUGUCUCCGACACCAGCAGCGCGACACAGCCAAAACGUGCCACCCGCAAAAACAAACAGGCAAAGCCUGAGGUGGCAGAGGAUGAACACCAGGCACCCCAUCCCAGCAGUGAGUUCAGAGAGGAGCUGAACAAGAAGCCAGAGCUAGUAGAGGACGAGGAGGAGAGCAAGAGUAACACAGUGAGUGAGGCUGAUGCUGACCAGUCUCCACUGAAGAUACCUUUUCCAGAUGUGGUUGUCAGAAUCCCAUCAGAGGAGCGCCUGUCUGCUGAGCUUGCCAAGAAGCCAGAGGCCUCCCCUGGGCACGCUGCUUCUAAGAUUGCCAUCGCAGAAAGUAGUCGCAGCUCGAGGCGGAGUUCUGUGCGCUGUUCCCUCAAACUGCGCCACUCUCUGGCUGGCCUCCGGCACAGUAUGACACAGGAGUCAGUUCGCCGUGCGUCCCGACGUUCUCUGAUGAAGAGGAAGGCAAAUCGCACAGGCAACUCCACAUGCAGUAGCAGCGCUGGUGCAGAGGACUCCAGCAUGGACACUGCUGAUGAGGAAGGAGAACUUUUCAUAGAGCCUGUAGCUGAGGAAAAACUGGACGAUGCUGCAUCUAAAAAAGAAGCAUUGCAGGCGUCCCUUGAACGUGUCACUCGGUCUGUGGCUGCAAACUCUCCCAAACUGGCGCCUCCACCUCUUUUCAUCACGGGGCCAAAGAUGAGCACUCCUGUCAAAAGAACAGUUGCUGCUGAGAAACAGAUGUCUCAGGCAUUCCGAAGGUCGAGUCGCAGUACUAAACGCAAAGCACCGGAUACUGUAGAGGACAGCCCCUCAAAGAGGCUCUCACCUCCCAAAAAGAGUCAAAGUGCAAUGAGACCCAACAUGAGAUCUUUUCUCCACACCGUGCAGAAGAAUCAGAUGCUGAUGAUGACUCCAAACACUCUCGGUCGCACCGCUAUGAUCAAGUCCUUCAUCAAGCACACCACUCCCUUGAAAUUUGAUCCCAAAACAAAAGAACUUCACAAACUGGAGGCCCUUAAAAAGAAGCAGGAGCAGGAGGAAGAAAGGAUGAAGAAAAUGGAGGAGGAGAAGAAAAAGAAGCAAGAUGAACUUAAAAAGAAGAGAGAUGAAAGGAUAAGAAGAGUGUUUGAGGCCAAAGUAAAAGAAGAGCAGAGGAAAGAAGAAGAAAAGAAGAAGAAGAUUGAGCUGAAGAUGGCUCAGAUUGAUGAGAAAAAUGAUAAGCGUCUGGCAGAAGAGAGGGCCAAGAAGAGGGUUGCCCUGAAGCGUCAAGAGGAGCUGGAGCAGAAGAAAAAGUUGGAGGAAGAGGCCAAGAAGAAGAAGAUGCAGCAGGAGGAGGAGAAACGACAGCAGGAAUUAGCGGCAAAGAAGAAGGCCGAGGAGGAGGAACAGCGAGCUCGCAAAGCGCUGGAGCUGAAGAGGGAGCAGGAACAGCGUGAGAGGGAGCUGGAGAGAGAACGACAAGCUGCUAUUGAAAGGGAACGAGUGGAAAAAGAAAAGGCUCUUGCUCUACAACGUGAACUGGAGAGGGCAGCAAGAGAGAAGGAGAUGAGGGAUCUGGAGGAGAAGAGAAGGGCCCUUGAGGAAAAAAGAAAACUGCAGUCCUCGCCACAGUCCUAUGUCAUUACUCCAAAGGGUGGCAACAAACCUUUGAUCCAGCCCAAUAUUCUAGACAAUUAUGGUAUGGACCAAAACAGUGAUGACUCGACAGAUGACGAAUCUGCCCCAAGGAAGCCCAUUCCGUCCUGGGCACAAGGUUCCAAUCUGAAUCAGAUCAUUAGGAAGCAGUACUUCAACCCCCCUGAUUUAGAGUCUUUCCUUGGGAUUAUCGAGCCACCAAAACUGGAAGACAUUUUUUACAAGAGCAAGCCUCGAUACUUCAAACGAACCAGCUCUGCCGUGUGGCACUCACCUCCGGCUGGAGCCAAGUAAUGCUUGUACACUGAUACAGUACCACUACUGUACACUGAUGUAUAAAGUUUAAUGUCUGACUGUCUGUUUGUAAGGUAAAGUCCUUAUAAUAAAGUAGUCUCUUUUCUUUCCCCUAAAUCUGCUUUUAGUUUUGUAAACUGAAUAAAUGGAUUAAUAAAUUUCUUGUAAUAAAGCAUAUGAAACGAUGAGUAAACACAAGGAGUGUGGA